UCCAAAACAAAAAAGAAAAAACUCCAUAAUUGAAAUUAGAGCCAUGUUGUUUUAAUGUGAUUAUAUUGGUUGUGGACUUGCCUCUUAAAACAGAAGCAGAGACAAAGAGGAAGAGCUACGUAGGCUGUGUAUUUGUUGCAAAAACUUGUACAUUGUGCUACAAAUGUUAUACACAAACUUUUCCAUGGAAAUUAUGUUAAUAGAUUAAUGGCGGGGAGAUAGCGAACCCAACAGAGCUAUCUGGAAGAUGAAAGAAGUAUAAGUUGCAGUGAUGGAAAAAUGGUAUGAACCACACACGGACUCUUCUCUGAAACCAUUUUAUCUGAACUGCCAUUCUUCUAUCUCUGUACGUUUAAACGUUUCUCACCAAAGAUCCGCCACUUGCGGUCAAUUCCAGGUCCUGAAGCUUGAAGAUUAUACAUAUAAUUUUCUGUCUCUCAUCCACAUGCCAGUAUCAUUACAGUGAACAACUCUGCAUUGUUUUUUCUCUACUCUCAUCACUUCCCCAGUGGUUCUUGUGAUCUGAAUCUCAUGUUUCUACACUAUUAUGUGGAAAAAUUGAAAUGGGUGUUUCAGGAAGUAGCCAUUAGUGGCCAAAUAAAGCCUCUUUCGUAGUAUCUGGGUCUCAAUGGCUUUGAUGUAGUAUGGCGGAGUUGGAGAGAUCUGUCAUGGGAGCUGUUCGAACAAAGCUUGUUCUCGUACUGUUUACGCAUAUUAUUACGGUGGUUUUCUGUGAAACGGACCCUAAUGACCUUGAGAUUUUGAACGAGUUCAGAAAUGGAUUAGAGAAUCCGGAGAUCUUGGAAUGGCCUGAGGGCGAUGACCCAUGUGGUCCUCCAGCUUGGAAGCAUAUCGUCUGUAAUGGGAAGAAGGUUUCUCAGAUUCAGGUUCAGCGUUUGGGCUUGAAGGGUCCUUUGCCGAAGAACUUAAACAAGCUGUCGAUGCUCGAAAGUUUGGGGUUUCAGAGGAAUCAAUUCAGCGGGACGCUACCGUCUUUGAGCGGGUUAUCGGAAUUACGGUACGCCUAUUUGGAUUUCAAUCAAUUCGAUACUAUACCAUCCGAUUUCUUCACUGGGCUCGUCAAUUUACAGGUUUUGGCUCUGGAUUACAACAAUUUGAAUGCAAGUACUGGAUGGUCACUCCCUAUUGAGUUCAGAGAUUCACUCCAGUUAAGAAAUCUGUCUUUGAUGAACUGUAGUUUGGUGGGUCCUUUGCCGGACUUUUUAGGGAAAAUGUCGUCCCUUUCAGUCUUGAAACUGCCUUUGAAUAGGCUUUCCGGGGAAAUACCGGCGAGUUUCCGCGACUCUGUUCUGCAGAUUCUCUGGUUGAAUGACCAGAGUAGCCAUGGUAUGAGCGGCCCAAUUGAUGUGGUUGCAUCAAUGGUGUCCCUUACAAGUCUUUGGCUUCACGGGAACAGUUUCAGUGGGACGAUUCCAGUAAAUAUUGGAGCUUUAACUUCUUUAAAGGAUCUCAAUCUCAAUGGCAACCAAUUGGUUGGCUUAAUUCCUGAUAGCUUGGCAAAUAUGAAAUUGGACAGUUUAGAUUUGAACAAUAACCACUUAAUGGGUCCAAUCCCAAGGUUCAAAGCUGCUAACUUCUCUUGUAAAUCAAAUUCAUUUUGUCAGUCCAUGCCGGGGAUUCCUUGUUCACCGGAUGUCAUGGCACUCUUAGACUUCCUUCGCCUGUUGAACUACCCAUCAAGGCUUGUUUCUUUGUGGUCUGGUAAUGAGCCGUGCCAAGGGCCAUGGUUGGGAUUGGAUUGCAAUCCCAAUCAAAAUGUCUCCAGUAUUACUUUAGCUAAGUUUGCGCUUAGCGGCACCUUGAGUCCUGCAAUAGCAGACUUGAGUUCUUUGGUCGGAGUUAGACUUGGGAAUAAUAACAUAACAGGUCCGAUUCCUGCGAACUGGACUAGGUUGAAAUCUUUGACAUUGUUGGAUUUGAGUCAGAAUGACAUUUCCCCUCCAUUGCCAGAAUUUAGUAGCACUGUGAAACUUGUCAUGGAUGGGAAUCCGCUGCUUAAGGAUAACCGGUCUGAGACAUCCCCUUCACCACCGAAAAGCCCGUCAUCUGGGGCUUCACAAUCCCCAUCCAGAAACCCAUCUUCCCCCACAACAGGCUCUGGGUCUAGCCAAAAUAAUUCCUUGAAUGGACAAAUUGAACCAAAAGGUUCCAAAAGCCAUUUAGUUGUAAUUGUAGCCCCCCUAGCAAGUGUUGCUGCCAUUAUGUUUCUGGCUGUUCCUUUAUCUAUCUAUUACUGUAAAAAAAGGAAAGACACCCAUCAGACUCCAACUUCUCUUGUGAUUCACCCAAGGGAUCCAUCCGAUUCAGAAAAUACUGUCAAGAUAGCAGUCGCAAAUGACAAUGGAAAUGUUUCUUCGCUAAUAGGAAGUAGUUCUUGGAGCAGAAACAGUAGUGGUAUGGGUGAGUCCCAUGUCAUUGAGGCUGGAAAUUUGAUCAUAUCAGUACAAGUUCUUCGGAACGUGACAAGAAAUUUUUCCCCCGAAAAUGAACUUGGUCGUGGUGGCUUUGGAGUAGUUUAUAAGGGAGAACUGGAUGAUGGUACAAAAAUAGCAGUGAAGAGAAUGGAAGCUGGGGUCAUUAGCAACAAAGCCUUGGAUGAGUUUCAAGCUGAAAUUGCUGUUCUUUCAAAAGUGCGGCACCGUCAUUUAGUAUCUCUUUUGGGAUAUUCCAUUGAAGGGUAUGAGAGAAUUUUGGUUUAUGAAUAUAUGCCCAAAGGGGCUCUCAGCAAACAUCUUUUCCAUUGGAAGAGCUUGAAGUUGGAGCCCCUUUCCUGGAAGAGAAGGCUAAAUAUUGCCUUGGACGUGGCUAGAGGGAUGGAGUAUCUUCAUAGUAUGGCUCAUCAGAGCUUUAUACACAGAGACCUUAAGCCUUCAAACAUCUUGCUUGGUGAUGAUUAUAGAGCGAAAGUUUCGGACUUCGGACUGGUGAAACUUGCUCCAGAUGGGGAAAAAUCUGUGAUGACCAGGCUUGCUGGAACUUUUGGGUAUUUAGCACCAGAGUAUGCUGUGACGGGAAAAAUCACAACCAAAGCUGAUGUCUUCAGCUUUGGUGUUGUCUUAAUGGAGCUAUUGACUGGAUUGAUGGCACUUGAUGAGGACAGGCCUGAGGAAAGCCAAUACUUAGCCGCAUGGUUUUGGAACAUAAAAUCAAGCAAGGAAAAAUUAAGGGCUGCUAUUGACUCAGUCCUUGAUGUAAAAGAAGAAACUUUGGAGAGCAUUUCCAUCAUUGCUGAACUAGCUGGACACUGCACUGCAAGAGAGCCCAGCCAACGGCCUGAUAUGGGCCAUGCUGUGAAUGUACUGGCCCCUCUUGUUGAAAAAUGGAAACCAUUGCAUGAUGACCCUGAGGAGUAUUCUGGCAUUGAUUACAGCCUUCCUCUUAACCAGAUGGUGAAGGGAUGGCAGGAAGCAGAAGGAAAAGACUUAAGUUAUUUGGACCUGGAGGACAGCAAAAGUAGUAUUCCGGCUAGACCUACUGGAUUUGCCGAGUCCUUCACUUCUGCAGAUGGUCGAUGAAGACAUACUUCACUGCUUUUCAUUUCAAAUUCCACUCAUUUGGUAGGUUAAAACUUGUAUAUACAUAGUAUGUUGUGUAUCUAAUGUUGUUUGAUAAUAUACUGUCUAUAUGAUCUAAUGCUGUUGUUGGUUAUGUUCAUGGAUGUAGUUGGAAAAUUCAGAUAUUUAAAUAGAUAUCAUGUGCAGAGGUUUGAAUUCUAA